UGACCGUUAUGCAGUAUGCUACACGUGUCUGUAAAAAUUUUGUCGAUAUACCUACCUGUCUAGCAGUUACUACUACUGAAUAGUUGUUCAUUGUCUUUGGUUAAAGUAUUAGUUAAAAAUAACUACAAACAUUAAGCUUUUCAGCCUUAUCUUUUACGCUUUUUAACUCGACACUAGGGAUCACGAAUAAUACGAAUUACGAUAUCCCAAAGGCAGUCGCUACUCGCUAACUUGCAUAGUCAAAAAUCAACAUACAACAUCGCGCAAAAUAAAUUUUUGUCAUUUAUCCACCUAUUGCGCGCAAUUUACCAUUUACGUUGGCGACACCGUACACCUGUUUUAUUGUCCAUUAAUCUACGUGUUAUUCGUUACGGUCGAGAAAGGUAGGAGGUGGCAAGUGCUCAUUAUUUCUAUAGCCGUUAACGAGCGAUUUAUUCUGCCUCGUGGUGUUCGUGCACGCGUCUUGCUCUCUGUGUCGGUCAUAAUUUAGGCGAAAAAAAUGAAUAACGCGUUUGACAUGGAAUACGAUAACUUUUUGCACUACUCCCGUCGGCUGCAGAUGGCUGACGCGCUAGGUGGCGUUUACGUGCACCUGUCUACGUUGAAGACUGCCAAAAGCCGAUUUGUGUUCACGCGUUCUUUGCUCCGCAAACACAAAAUGUUGACUCCUACGUUGAACGUCGACCUGGAAUACGAUGGACCCGCCUCGACAGCGAAGUUACGAUUAAAAGGCAACGAUUUUUUCAAAUCUAAGAUGUAUGGUAAAGCCGCCGACAUGUAUACCAUGUGUUUGGUAAGUAGUGAUCCGACCUCCGAGUGCCACGCGCUAGCACUGGGUAACCGGUCGGCCGCGUACUACCAUAUGGGUCAAUUUGAGCUUUGUCUGAAGGACGUGCGCUGGGCCAUUAUGUCUAAUUAUCCGCCCAAGCUUGCAUACAAGCUGUAUGAGAGAGCUGGGAAUGCAGAACGUAUGUUGGGCCUCGCCGAACGGGCAAAGGAGAGUUACGCCGAGUGUCUGAUACGAAUGGACGAGGUGGACAUGUCCGAGGAAAAUAAACUCAAGUUUCGAACGGCGGUCGACAUAGCUGUGGCCCAGUGUGAUGAGCGGUUGGAAGAGCGGAAAAAGACGAAGAAAGUACUUCCCGCCGAACAGCUAGUUGGUGGAAAAAAUGAAAACAUUCCAGCGCUUUCAGCCUUUGUGGAAUUGAAAAUGUCUAAAGAUAUGGGACGUGGUGUUUAUGCUACUCAUGACAUUAACCCAGGUGAUGUUGUGGCCAUAGAAGAACCUUAUAUUUGUGGGCCUAUUUCACAUCAUACAGAAGUUUGUAAUUAUAAUGGUUGCUUGAAGUUGGACGUAGCUCUUUACCCUUGUCCAAAAUGUUUAUCGGUCAGUUACUGCAAUAAAGACUGUAUGGAUAAAGCUGAUAAAGAUGGACACUAUUUGGAAUGUCCAAUCAUGUAUUUCGUCAAAUCAACACCCGGAGUAACGAGAGUGAAUGAACUUGCUAUGAAGUGGUUUUUAAAAGCCUAUUUAAAUAUGGGUCUAGAGAAAUAUUGUUCGACAGUUGAUAGCUUUUUUAAAUCUAAAAUAGAUCCUAAAACAAGGGGUUUUGACGAAAAUGGUCAAUAUAAGUCUGAUAAUUUUUUAACGGCUUUUUCUUUGGAGAGUAUUGAAAACAAACUAUCUAUAGAUCUCUUGUUUUUUUUUAACUGUAUUGCAGUUGAUAUGUUGCAUUAUUUGAUGUUAAGUGGCUUUAAAAUUCCAGAAAGUUAUAUAGCUACUGUGGGUGCUUCUUUAGUGCAUAUUUUAACUGUUUUAGAUUUGAAUUGUAGAAAGUUAAACAUCAAUGCCCCUACUAUUUCUUUUCAUAAAGAUCGCCAGGCUACUCUUACAAUAGGAUUAACUUUGUAUCCAACCAUUUGCUUGUUCAACCAUUCUUGUGAUCCAAAUAUUAAACGGAGUGGAAAUUUAUCUGAUAGAAUAAGGGUUAUGAAAGCUAUUCAACCAAUUCCCAAAGGAACUCAAUUGUGCUGUUCUUAUGGAAUAAUCUUUAUAGGACACGAAAAAGAAGCAAGGCAAGAGUUAUACAAGGAUGUUUUUAAGUUUGACUGUUACUGCCAACCUUGCAAAAUGAAUUGGCCAACUUAUCGUUAUGUACCGAAUCGCCUUUCUACAUUAAAUAUUUUAAACCCUAAAAUGGCUAAUGAUGUGCAAUCCGAGUGCAUCAAGUUUUCAGAAUUCUCCAAGUCGGUGAAACCAGAAGAUUAUCAUCUACAUUUAGAUUAUUUGUAUUCCUUUAUUAAGCUAUUGUUUACUAAUGUUAAACGGCCAUUUCAAUUAUAUGAGGAUUGUCUAGAAAUGAUAUGUAUUGCUCAUACCAUAAGUAACAAUGAAAUAAUAAGCAUUUGUGGAUAUCAAUUUUGAUAUUUCAUUUUAUGAGUUUAUGAAAAGUUAAAUAGU